AUGAAGUACAUUGAUGAGGUUGAUCUUGAACUUGUUAAUCAAGAGCUAAAUUUCCAUUCCCCCGACAACAAUUUGGUGAUAAAGGGGGGUUGUGAAUUGUUUACCACCAAACCCAUAGGAUCAGAUAGGAAGUUGUUCAAGACGAUUGAUAAGCAUUUGGACCAAAUAAUAGAGGAUAAUCAAUUUUCACGAUCAAUCGAGAGGGAAAAACGAAAUUCAAUAAGUUCUAUGUUUGGAAGCAACGCCAGUUCACCAGAUUUAAGAAGGCACAGUGCUAUUUCAAUAAGUGAUAUGAGAAGAAGAGCCAGCUCUAACCUGGGCAGUAUAAAUUUCAAUAGAAACUCUUUACCGAAAAAUGAACAACACAACAACAACAACAACACGUCUUUGUUAUCGCAAUCGUUGAAUGACUCUGGAGUUAUUGAUGAUAACGAGCAUGCAAUUGAUGAAUCACCUUUUGGGCCUUUGAAAAAUGUCACAACAAGGAAAACUUUUGCCUAUUUAAUUGCCAUUUUAAACAGCAGUUUCCCAGAUCAAGAUUUUACCAAUUUACAACCAACAACGGAGAAUUUUUAUAGGAUAGAAUCACCAGACGAGUUGGUGCACAGAUUCAACAAUGUUUUACUUUCAUUGGGUAAAAAAGAGGAUAUAUUGAAUUGGAUAUGGGAUAUUAUAAAUUCAUAUAUGGAUGUUCUACCUUCGAAAAACUCGUCACCUUAUAUUGCUGCUCAAAAUAGUGGUGGUAGUAGACAUGGAUCAUUUUCUGCAUCAACAGGUAACAGUUCUCCGCCAUCUAAUUCAUCGUAUGAAACAUGUCAAAUAUAUCAGUUUCAACCUUCUGAUGAAUCAAUACUUGAAGAUUUGACAUAUCCCUACCAACCAAUGUGGUCAUAUUACUAUUUUAUUUACAACAAGAAGAAGAAAAGAGUUACAUUUAUCCAUAUUGCUGCUAUUAACAAAGCAGAUUAUUCGAAUGGUAAUGGGAAUCAAGGUUCAGGAAAUUCAGAAAAUUCAUCUAAUAGAGCCAAAGUGAUAAACUCAGAUGGUGAAGAGGAAUAUGAUGUGAAUGAUGAUUAUGGGGCUGUUGUAGAUGAUGACGACGACGACGAGAAUGAAGAUGUGGUUGGUGGUCUUGAAAUUUGA